GAAAGGAAUAAAAAACAACGCCGAGCAGCAAAAGCUUGAAUCCAGAAAAAAAUAAGGCGAGUGAAAAAAGAGGCCAUGGGACGAGCAGAGGAUCGGAUCAGUUACUUGCCUGAUCCUGUUCUUCAGAGCAUCCUCACCAUGUUGCCUCUGAAAUCAGCAAUCAGAACCGAUGUUCUUUCCAAAAAAUGGCGAAAUCUAUGGAAAUACUCUCUCUCCACGUCCACUUCUCUUGAGUUUACUGAGGACUUCGCUAACAAUCAAUCUGCAAAAGACUUUGUGGAUACUGUCAAUCGAUAUCUAUCACAGAAUGACAGUAAGAAGCUGGAGAGGUUCCGUAUUUUCUUCUGCCCGUUCGAUUUGUUUGCCUCUGAAAUAGUGUGCUGGAUAAGCUUUGCAACAGGUAAAGGAGUGAGGUAUCUUGAUAUAGAGUUAUCCCAAGGAUUUAGAAACCCAGCAGAUGGUGAAUUCACUGAUGGCAGAAGCCUCUUCGAGCUACCUUCUUCUCUGUUUAAUUGUGACUCGUUGACCGACUUGCGCGUAAGUCGCUGCUUUUUCUUCACUCCUUUGAAUCUGAGCAAUUUUGGUGGCCUGCAAUCUCUGUCAAUCAGUCAUUCCAACAUCAAUGAAGAGAUGCUUCAAAGUAUUCUGACUGAAUGCUCUCUUCUGGAGAGCUUGAGCCUAAGGAACUGUCAGCAACUUGGUGUUAUUAGCAUUACGGUUCCAGAUCUGAAACUUAAGCGGUUGACCAUUGGGAAUUGUUGGUCAACCGAUCUGCUGGAGAUUAAUGCUCCAAAGCUCCAAUCUUUUCACUUUUUUUGGAAGGUUGGGAUUGAAACUAACCUAUCGAACCUCUUUUCAUUGGAAGACGCAGCAAUCUAUUCAAUCGGUGGAAAUUCCGAGCCUGAUUACAUGGAUUUACUAUCUGGUCUUUCUCAUGUUCAGACACUAACCUUAUGCAAAGCAGCUCUGGUGCAUCUGAAUUUAAGUGAGGAAAACUACGUUGACUUUCAAAUCGAGCUGCAGAACCUCCAUGAAUUACAGUUUGUCAUGACCUCAAUGACUGACGAGGAUCUCACUUGCUUCUGCACUUUCUUUUAUAUCUGUUCUUCCCCAUUCCUUGACAAGCUUUUCAUCCUACUACCAACACACAUUGACGAUCCAAAUGAAGAAAAGUAUGGGGUGCACGUGCUAAAUCCGCUGAGUCUUGAUGAUCUUAGCUUCGAUCAUCUGAAAAUGAUCAAAGUGACAAAUUUUAAAGGAAGCAGAAAUGAAAUGAGAUUGGUGAGCUUUCUUCUACAGAAAGCAGCAAUUUUGGAAACUAUAGUAUUAGUUCUUCCCGCUGUUCAGGAGGGGAAUGGUAAAGAGAGACUGGUUUUGAGGUUUUUGAGGGGACAGGUUUUGCUGCUUCGAAAAGCAUCUCCAUGCGCUCAGAUUAUUCUCCAUGAAUUUGGGGAAGAUGAUGGCUUGAAUCCAACACAUGUGGAGAUUUAUAAUGAUUAUAGCUGCUUGCCGGUUAUACCUUGCAUGGUUGCUGGAUAGAUGUUCAGCAAAAAGUGUGAUUUUUAAUUGAAAUACGACAAAAUGAAUUUUUUUUUUUUUUUCAUGUGGAAUUAAUACUGUGCUUGUUUGUAAACCCUAGCCAUGGAUGUCCUAUAAGGAAUAUAGCUCAGAUGUAGCCCCUAAUGGAUUCAAUGCUCCGUCUCGCCGAAGUUAUUUGCUAGAGCCUCUUUAUGCCAUAUUGUCCCCUUUUGUGCCUCCAGAAACUAUUUGAACGUGCUGACAAAGUAAUACCACAAGCGGAUAAAAUAAAUAUGGAUAUGUAAAUAUA